GGACGUAUAUCUGCUCGUCCCUCUGACCCCAUGUAGCCAGCUGUCCAUCUUACAGGGAGGGUCAACGCAGGCACGGUCCUCUCGGCGCAGCCUUGGCCUUGGGGAGAGCAUGUCGUCCAUCCUGCCGUUCACGCCGCCAGUGGUGAAGCGCCUGCUGGGCUGGAAGAAGUCAGCCAGCGGGGCGGGUGGCGCGGGCGGCGGGGAGCAGAACGGGCCAGAGGAGAAGUGGUGUGAGAAGGCCGUCAAGAGCCUGGUGAAAAAGCUCAAGAAGACCGGCCGGCUGGACGAGCUGGAGAAGGCCAUCACCACGCAGAGCUGCAACACCAAGUGUGUCACCAUCCCCAGCACUUGCUCUGAAAUUUGGGGACUGAGUACACCAAAUACGAUAGAUCAGUGGGAUACUACAGGCCUUUACAGCUUCUCUGAACAAACCAGGUCUCUUGAUGGCCGUCUUCAGGUGUCCCAUAGGAAAGGACUGCCACAUGUCAUAUACUGCCGACUGUGGCGCUGGCCUGAUCUCCACAGCCAUCAUGAACUCAAGGCGAUUGAAAACUGCGAAUACGCUUUUAAUCUUAAAAAGGAUGAAGUGUGUGUAAACCCUUACCACUACCAGAGAGUUGAGACUCCAGUGCUGCCUCCGGUGCUCGUGCCACGGCACACGGAGAUCCUCACGGAGCUGCCGCCGCUGGACGACUACACGCACUCCAUUCCGGAGAACACCAACUUCCCGGCAGGCAUCGAGCCGCAGAGCAACUACAUCCCAGAAACACCACCUCCUGGAUAUAUCAGUGAAGAUGGAGAAACAAGUGAUCAGCAGUUGAAUCAAAGCAUGGACACAGGCUCUCCAGCGGAGCUGUCUCCCACGACUCUGUCCCCCGUGAAUCACAGCUUGGAUUUGCAGCCAGUUACUUACUCAGAGCCUGCAUUUUGGUGUUCGAUAGCAUAUUACGAGUUAAACCAGAGGGUUGGAGAGACCUUCCAUGCAUCCCAGCCCUCACUCACUGUAGAUGGCUUCACAGACCCAUCGAAUUCUGAGAGGUUCUGCUUGGGCUUACUCUCCAACGUUAACCGAAAUGCCACGGUAGAGAUGACAAGAAGGCAUAUAGGAAGAGGCGUGCGCUUGUAUUACAUAGGUGGGGAAGUCUUUGCCGAGUGCCUGAGUGACAGUGCAAUCUUUGUGCAGAGCCCCAAUUGCAAUCAGAGAUAUGGCUGGCACCCUGCGACCGUGUGUAAAAUCCCACCAGGCUGUAAUCUGAAGAUCUUCAACAACCAGGAGUUUGCAGCUCUGCUUGCUCAAUCUGUUAACCAGGGUUUCGAAGCCGUGUAUCAGCUCACAAGGAUGUGCACCAUACGAAUGAGCUUUGUGAAAGGAUGGGGCGCAGAAUACCGAAGGCAGACGGUGACGAGUACUCCUUGCUGGAUUGAACUCCAUCUGAACGGACCUCUGCAGUGGCUGGACAAAGUAUUGACUCAGAUGGGAUCUCCUUCAGUGCGCUGCUCAAGCAUGUCCUAAAGCUACAUCUCCAGCCCGGCGUGGCGAGAGACUUGCUAUACCAACUCUUCUGUCAUAGUAUCUGUGUGUGGUCCCCAAGGACUGUGGACUGUCCAAGCAUCCGAGAGAGAAAACAGCACUUGAGGUCUCAUCAGUUAAAGCACCUUGUGGAAUCUGUUUCCUCUAUUUGAAUUUUAGAUGGGAAAAUUAGUGUCUAGAAAUGCUCUCCCAUAAAGGAGGAGGAGAAGACCUGAAAGACUUGAUGAUGUCUUGCUGGGCAUACACCCGAGUGUCCCAAAGGUUUAUCAGUAACAGUAGUAGUUAUGUGUACAGGUAAUGUAUCAUGAUCCAGUGUCACAGUAUUGUGCUGUUUAUAUACAUUUUAGUUUGCAUAAAUGAGGCGUGUGUGUGCUGCUCCUUGAUCUAGGCAAGCCUUUAUAAAGUUACAGUACCUACUCUGUUAUUCCCACUUCGUUAUUUUUGUCUGUCUUUUUUAAUAUAUAAUAUAUAUCAAGAUUUUCAAAUUAUCAUUUAGAAGCAGAUUUUCCUUGUAGAAAGACUAAUUUUUCUGCCUUUUACCAAAAAUAAACUCCUGGGGGAAGAAAAGUGGAUUAAC